GAGUAUAUGCCUAAUGGAAGUCUUGACAAGUGUUUGUAUUCGCACAACUACUUCCUAGACAUCAGGCAGAGACUAAGCAUUAUGAUAGAUGUUGCAUGUGCUUUGGAAUAUCUUCAUCAUGGAUGCUCCUCUCCGGUGAUUCACUGUGACCUGAAGCCUAGUAACGUCUUGCUGGAUGAGGAUAUGGUUGCCCACCUAAGCGACUUUGGCAUUUCAAAACUACUUGGUGAAGAUGAGAGUGAUUUAUACACUAAAACGUUAGCAACGUUUGGUUAUAUUGCACCGGAGUAUGGACUGGAUGGACUGGUGUCAAUAAAAUGUGAUGUCUAUAGUUACGGGAUCAUGUUGCUGGAAACGUUUACUAGGAGAAAGCCUACUGAGUUUGAGGGAGAUCUUAGCUUGAAGCAAUGGGUGAGUUAUCACUCCCCGAGGCAGUAAUGGACGUUGUAGAUGCCAAUUUGGUAACAAUACCAAUGGAUAAUCGCUUACAGAAGGAGCU